CCGAGGUAUGGUUAAGAACACAGUCACUUUUAUUGUAGGCUUUAAAUUUAGUUUAAUCCUCGUUGGUAGUUGCAAUAUUAAUAUAAUUAGUUAAUUAGUGUUAUAAAAAUCGUGUUGAUGAAGGAAGAACGUGAUUAAAAGCUAUUGUAAAUAAUUGUAAAUACUGUAAAGAUGAGUUCGACUACUCGAACCACUAUUAAGGGUGGUAAAAGUGCUAAAGGGGAUUCCAGUAAAUCACACAAACAUGACAAAUCCGACACAGGUAAAGGUUCCGAUAAACAGCAUGGCGGCGGCGAAAAUGCGAGGUCCAAAACUGACGAUCCAGGCAUUAAAGAAAAGGUGCGACAAGUUACAGAGAUGACUAGGAGAUCGGAGGAGGAAGUCUGUCUGGCUUUAUACGAGUGCGAUUACGAUGCGGAACGCGCCAUUAACAUGCUAUACGAGAAUUUUAUUGAGGGCGAGUGGGAAACAUCCAGUAAGAAAAAAAAGAAUAGACAGGCUUCGACUAGUAAAACUGAAACAGAAGAGGCAGCUCCCGUCGAUGAAUGGAACGAAACCCCAGAGCAACCUAGUGAUAAAGAGAAACCGAGGAACAAAAAUGGAGGCGGCCCACCUCGUCUCCAUGGCAGACAUAACGAUAAUAGAGGAUGGAGGGGUAGAGAAAAUAAAGAGAACGAGCGUAACCUGAACGAUGGAAACCAACAGGAUCGUAAGGAACGACGUGGCAGGGGUGGACAUGUUAGAGGAGGACCUGGUCGAGGACGCGGUGGUGGAAGGGCUGGGUCCAGGUAUCCACCACGCAACAAUCGGAGUAAUUUUCCGAACGCUAGACCUACAAUUGAGACAUGGGACAACUCAAUACCGUGGGAAAGCACCACAAUUACGAACAGUUCUCAUACAAACUUUGCGGAAGAAAAUUGGGACGAGUUUCCCCAAACAGAUGAUUGGUCAACGGAGGAAUAUACAGGUAGUUUAGCGGAUACUAAGGUGUUCACACCAAGUAUGGCUAUGGCAUCUGAAAUUGAGGCAAACAUGGAAGCCAAUUCACCCAAUGUUAUGCCAUCAAUGACGAUAGAAGCUAUGGAUCCUCCGAUGGUUGGAAGUUUAAAUGCUGCCCAAACGCAGUAUUUUAACCAAUUAACGCAACAAAGUAAUGAAAAUGUGAAAGCUGCGCAGUACUCAAGUCACCAAUCUCAGUCGUACGACUCAACAUCUCAGCCGUAUAAUACGGCACAAACUUACGCUAACAAUAACACAAACACUUCGGCACAAUAUAACAAUGCUCAAUACGGUUCAUCUCCUAAUACAAACACAUACAGCAACAACAGUAACUACGUAGUCGGGAAUAGUAACUAUGUGACGACCCCCGAUACACAGACACCACCCCAACAUCAUCCCGUGCGGACUAAGGCGCAAAGAGCGAGGGUACCACCUCCCUCCAAGAUUCCCUCGAGUGCUGUCGAAAUGCCGGGUGACAUCAAUAGUAGCAUUGCUUAUUUGGAUGUCCAGUUUGGUGCAAUGGACUUUAUCUCUGAUGCCAGUUCCUUCGACGGUGUUGUAGAUAAUAAAUUUAGUCCAACAAACGAUACUAAUUUAACAAGCACCUUGCAAACCCCAAAUUCUAACAUAGAUCUGAUGGAUCUCAGCCAAUCAGUGCAAAAUCCCCCAUUAGAUGUGUAUGCCUCUAAACCAAAUACCCAACAAAGCAGUAUUACAACGGUUCUCUCGCAAAAUAUUUCUAAUGCGGACACCAUUCCACAAGCUAACGAACAUUUGACGGCGUCAUAUACAACGUUACCGAGGAGCUCUACUGUUGCUGCUAAUGCGACUCAGACAAUAACACCUGCGGCGCUUGAACUGAACAAACAAAGUGAAAAACAUUCUUAUUCGCAAAGUUCUUCGUAUAAUUCGUAUCAGCCGAAGACCACCACUUAUCAAAAUCAAAACUAUAGCUCUUCAAGUUACAGCACGCCACAGACGACCGCGAACAGCUACGUCAACAGUAAUACACCAUCGUACAACACACAGAAUGCUGGUAAUGCUUAUCAAAAUUCGUAUUCAUCUGUCAGUUCAUAUCAAACGAGUAAUUCAAACUCAUCGACUUUUCCGGCAAUUAGUCAAGCUAAUAGCUAUCCUGCCAACAAUCAAUUUCAUCAACAAACUAGUCAAUCCGUCUAUGGAGGAAAUACAGGUCUUAAUAGCAAUUCGAGUUAUGGUAACGCGACGAGCGGAAAUCAGUACAGUAGUUACAAUACCAGUAGUAAUAAAUCGGUGAAGGAGUCGAAUUAUGAUGGUAGCACAACUUCCGUUAGUAGCACGACGACCGUUGUUAGUAGCAUUAACAACACAUCCUCGCUAACACAAACAACAUCGACGGGAGCGAAAUCUACAACUGCAUUAGCUAAGAAUACAAACAACAACGUGAUGUCGAAUAUACCACCGGCCGGCGUAACUCCCGUUAUGAGUACACAAUACAUAAUGAGCAACGUGCCGUUUUUCCAGCAGCCUAUCUACUCGUUUGAAGAAAUGCAGUUAUUACAACAAAGGAUGCCUCAUAUGACGGGUUAUUAUGAUAUGAGUUACCAAACACCAACAACGUUAACGGCGGUAAGGGACGGAACCUUGGCUAAUGUAGCGUAUUCCAUUUCGGAUGGUCGGUUUACACGGGGAGACAACAAUACCUCACCGGUACCUUCCACUCUAUCGCAACAGACGAGUACGGGACAUCAAGCGCAGCCUAUGCUAGCUGCCCAAACGGGAGCUGCACCAUUUUUUUAUGCACCUUACAAUGCCUUACAGCCGACGUAUCAGUUUCCAGUGUAUCCUGUGAAUGAUAGGAUUAUCGCAUUGCAGCAACUUCCAACCGUUACGAAUGCUCAUGGGUCUAAUAACAGUCAGUAUCCUAAACCGGCGACGUAUGGAUCUGGUUAUGGUUCUGGCUAUGACCCUCUCACGCAGACCCAAGAUUAUAGUAAAGGAGGGUAUGUAAGCAAUACUCAAAGUCAAAGUAAGGGGUCUGGUGCUAACGCUUCAACGGGUGGCUCAUCUGCUAAUGAUUUAACUGCUAUUUAUGGAAAAUCGCAUACAGCACUGGGAAAAGUUAAUUCGUAUGAUAAACAAGGAUUUCAUUCGGGAACCCCACCUCCAUUCCCUGGAACAUUACAUGGGAAUCAAAGUACGGCGUUAGCGCCUAGCGGGACUAACUUUAAUCCGAUGUACAUUUCAACGAUGCCACCACAACAGCACCAUUCAACUCCUCUAAUUCAUCAACCGAUACAUCAGGAUUCCACUAGUACAGGUCAGCGUUCGCAAGCAUCCAGCCAAGCAAAAUCUGGGGCAAAGCAGAACUAUCCGCCGUCCUAUUGGAAUCAAGCCUAAAUAAGCUGCCCACCUGAUCACUUUGUCAUUCUUAGAUAAUGGUUUGUGGCAAAUGUAUGUGUGAAAAAAGUAACUACUCAAGCGAACCACUAAUUGCCCUUUGUUAUCUUUAGUGAUUAACAUUUUUUUUUAAUGUGUCUAAAAGUAAAUUAUUUUUCUUUAUAUUUAUUUUGAAAAAAUGUGCAUAAGAUUUUAUACAAAAUGAACACAAAUCUAAUGUAUGAUAUUUUUUAUGACCAUUUUGUCAGUUUUAUUUUGUAUAAAAUCGAGGAACUAUUUUAUUUUUAGGUUGUAAAAUCGUUCGCAAUUUCUGUUACAGCUCUAUUUAGGUAGUGGAAGAGGAGAACAAAAUUUAAUUUUUUUUUUCGAUUUAGUAUCUCCAUGUGUAUAAUGCAGAAAUUGUUUAAGACUGUAUUUUAUAUUACAAAAAAAUACAUGAUCCUUUUUUA